AUGGAGCUGCUCGAUCCCGCCACCGGCAAGGCGCUGCCGCCCGAUGCCAUCCAGCGCGUGCUCUUCCUCGCCAGCAAUGUGCACGUCUACUCGAUCCCGCCCAUGGCGUCGAUGCGCGGCCACAAUGCGGCGUCGUGGACCGCGGACCCCGCGCGGGAGAUUUUUGCCGCCCGGAUGCGCGUCGUCGAGACAUCCUACGACCAGUCCCCCGCCGCCUCCGCCUCCUCCUCUCAGCAGCUCAAGACCGACAUUGUCCUGGAAGACCCUCGCACCGGGCAGCUCUUUGCCGCCUGCCCGUACGCGGACCCCGCGGCCGUCGAGCCCGCCGUCGACAGCGCCCGCUUCUUUGCGCUGACGGUGCGCGACGAGGCCGGCCGCAAGGCCGUGCUGGGCAUCGGCUUCGAGGAGCGCCCGGAAGCGUUCGACUUUGCCGUGGCGCUGCAGGAGGCGCGCAAGGCUCUCGGCUGGGAGGCCGGCGAGCAAGGCGGCGGGAAGCCGGAGGAGAGGAAGAAGAAGGAGGCGCUGCCGGCAAAGGACUACAGCCUCAAGGAGGGAGAGACGAUUACGAUUAAUAUCGGGGGCAAGUUUGGACGGAGGAGACAGCAGCAGCAGGAGCAGGAGGGCAAGAGCUUGCAGUCCUUUGCGCUGCCGCCGCCACCGCCGCCGUCGUCGUCGAGUCGGCCGGAAGCAGGCGGUGGCAGCAGCAGUCUGGGCGGUGGCAGCGGUGGUGCUGGUUUUGCGCUGCCGCCGCCGCCGAGCGCGCAAGAUGUCAAGUCGAAGCGCAAGUCGCUCAUGGAAAUGGGCUUUGACGAUGGCCAAUUCGGAGAAUUCGCCUAA